AACCACUCCCGGGCAUUGCAGCGUAUCAGUUUUGAAAACUUCUUGGAUAUAGUCAAUAGCAGUCAGAUAAUAACUUUAAAAAUAAAAAUGGCAAGAUUAGCAGUCGUUGUAUUGUUCGUCGUGGCAGCUUUGUGGUCUAUCGAAGCUAAAAUACUGAAGCGGUGCGACAUUGCGCGUGAGCUGAGGAGUCAAGGUUUCCCGGAGUCCCAGAUAAGAGAUUGGGUGUGCCUGGUGGAGAAUGAGAGUGCCGGCAACACUGGGAAGGUCUCCCCAACAAACAAGAAUGGGUCAAAGGACUACGGACUGUUCCAGAUCAACGACAAAUAUUGGUGCACUCGGUCGGGCCCCGCCGGCAAAGACUGCCACGUCACUUGCGCUGAGGUUAUCACCGACGACAUCACGAAGGCUUCGACCUGCGCUAAGAAGAUCUACAAACGCCAUGGCUUCAGGGCUUGGUAUGGCUGGAGGAACCACUGCCAAGGAUCCCUGCCUGACAUCAGCAACUGCAAAAUGCCAAGAUUAGCAGUCGUUGUAGUGUUCGUCGUGGCAGCUUUGUGGUAUAGCGACGCUGUACGACUCAGGCGGUGCGAAAUUGUGCAAGAGCUGAGGACGCAAGGGUUCCCGGAGGCCCAGAUGAGGGAUUGGGUAUGCCUGAUAGAAAAUGAGAGUGGCGGCAACACUGGGAAGGUCUCCCCAGUGAACAAGAACGGGUCAAAGGACUACGGACUGUUCCAGAUCAAUGACAACUACUGGUGCACUCGGUCGGGCCCCGCCGGCAAAGACUGCCACGUCACUUGCGCUGAGCUUAUCACCGAAGACAUCACGAAGGCUGCGACCUGCGCUAAAAAGAUUUACAAACGCCAUGGCUUCAGGGCUUGGUAUGGCUGGAAGAACCACUGCCAAGGAUCCCUGCCUGACAUCAGCAACUGCUAA